AUGACACUAAAGCCUGACCAUGUCCCAUCGAUUGCAGAUGCGGCGGGCCAGUGCCUCACUCGUUUCCAGAAAUGCUUGCAGCAGUCGGCAUUAAUCUCAUCCCAGGAAACGGCACUAGUGGAAGACCAGCUUGCAAGAUUUUCUCUCUGGACUGCCAGUAUUGGCGUUUUUGUUGGAGGGCGCGCUUCGCUGGAUCACCGUCUUAGGGAAGCACAGGAGGUGCAUGAUGUGAUUACCGGGCUUCUGGAAACACUGGAGGAUCAAGUCGAAGCCUGGUCUGACGCUUUGGAGUCAAUCAACAGACCUCCAACAUCGGAACUGGAGACUGUUCCCGAACCCGAAAGAAAGGCGAUACCCCGGCUGACGCGCGGCGUUGCUGAUCAAAUAGCGCUCCUUCAUAGACUUUCAAACACGAUUCGAAGAGCAAGCAGCGAUACGCAGAAUGCCAAAGUGUCCAUGGCAUCUACAAUUCGGGAUGAGGAGGGCAACGAUGUGGAAUCGUGCCUGGAGGUCGUGUUCGCAAAUUAUAUUCGCGAUAAAUUCCGCAAUAUGGAUGCGAAAAUCCUGGGUCGGAUGGUCUCCACGAUGAUACUUCGCCGAAAAAGAAUUUUAUAUAAGAGAUCUCGUUUCAGCCAUGGUGCGUUGAAAGUCCCAUCAGCAACCCCUCUACCGAAAGCAACACCACCGCCGAUGACUGCAGCUCAACAGACGGCUGUCUCCAACCCAGAGAUCCCGUCAGAAUUGCCUUCAGCUCCCGCUGAGCUCAUAGAAAAAUCACAGACGGGAUUUAGCGCAACCACGCUAGCGGUCGAAAAGUUUAGAAAGGCAUCUGCUCCUUCCACAGUUUCCGUUGUGAAGACAAUAGCACUCAGCAGCCACGAAGCGCUGCCAUUCCCGGUGGCACCUCUUGGGCGAGUGAGACAGAGAUACAAAAAAAUGCGAAAAACACGAGAGGAAGAGCACAGACUAUACCUCCAGUAUUUGUCUGACGAAUUGGCAUUCCAACAAUCACCGUCCAGCAUUGAUGGCUUGAAGAGGAAGGCAGAAGCGAAUUUGAAACAAGAUUUGCGUACGUACUGGGAUUUUUGCGUCGACGCAAUCGGAGAAAUAACAUGCCCGUUCUGCUUUUAUGCUAUUCCAGCACGAGAGAUGCAGAAUGAUGCCAAGUGGAAAGCUCAUGUCAAGAAUGAUUUGGACGCAUAUGUUUGCCUCUUUGACGAAUGUGACACGCCAAAUCAGCUAUACAGCCACAAUGAACAAUGGCUGAAGCAUAUGGAAGACCAUGCAUUGCGUUGGCGCUGCAACUCAAAAUCUCACGGACUGUUGAUUUUCGAUACGCGAGAUGGCUACAUAGAGCAUAUGCGACAGGCUCAUCAGGGGGCUUUCAGUGAAGUCCAGCUACGUGUGCUGGCUGGCAGGAAUGCACGAGCUGUUGACCCACUUUUCGAGUCAUGUCCAUUCUGUGGCUGUACCGACACUCCGCAAGGGGGCACGAUCAUGGAACAUAUUGUUGGCCAUUUGAGAUUUCUUGCUUUAAAGUCACUACCACCCUAUCAGGAUGAAGGGUCGGAAGCGUCGGAUGGUGAUAGCGCUACCACACAAGCAUCAAAACCCCGCAACAGGAGCACCAUAGACAACGAUCCGGAUAGAUUUACACUCUUGACCUUUCGGGAUAAUGACAGCGAUACUGUCAAUGAGGCUCCCAGCAUUGAAGAAAACAACCCGAGUGGUGAAUUGAGCAGUCCUGAUUCGGAGCAUCUGAGCGGCCUUGCCAACACAUAUACUACGGCGGCGUUACCCGACCUCUCGAGCUCGGGUCCAAUAGAGGAAUGGGGCAACUUCGUUCAUGGUCCUCCAACUGGAAUAAAUAACCCACAAGAAAGUGAGAGGCAAUUCGAAUGGGGGUUCGCAACGAUUGGGCCGGAACUAGAUACGGAUUUCGAUGACCCAGUGCUUCGAAAUUUGUCGAACAGACGAAUUCAUCCGUCACCGGCCAUGGAUCGAUCUCAACAAGAAGUCAAAAUAGAUGAUACUGUCGACGGUCAUAUGCAUAUUAUGCACGACAUCCCAGACGAAAAAGCAGUGGUUCCAAUCAAUGAGACACUCCAAGAGAUCUCGGCAAAAUCUGACACCGAUCGACCGUCGGACGCCAAUUCUGCAUUAAUACCCCAUCAAGAGGGCGGUGAAAAUCUCAGCCAUAUCGGGUCAAGUAGUGAGAAGCCCUUGGAAUCUAUACGAUCAGAAUCUGUACAAGCGGAAGGCCGGUCACCAAGUUCACUCCUGCCCGUGGCAGAUGCGCCAGAAAGUGACAGCACAAGUCCGCCACCAUCGCCAUUACAUGGUGAUCCUUCUACAGUGGGCCAUAAGGAUAUUACUUCUAUGCAGCUUUCAGGGGAGAUUAGUGGAGUCUCUGAUGCUCCCGCUACCCACCUGCCCGAAGCUAUCCCUGGUCCAGCGCAGAACCUCGAGUCUAUUCUGGUCGACAGCACACCGGUAGAACCAGUUCACAGACCACCCUUGGACGCCCCGAAAUCGAAAGGGGAGAUGAUCGAUAACACUAUUCUGGAUGACAUGAUCUCACGACUCCUUGGUCUUGUCGACACUUCGACCAAGAAGGGCCGUAAACUAACUCGACAAAGAAGAACCCCCCCUUGCAUUAAAGACGGCGAAAUCGAAUUGAUAUGCAACGCCUCUCGGGAAUUAUUUCUCUCGCAGCCCGUGCUCUUAGAUCUCAAUGCACCUGUCAAGGUGGUCGGUGAUAUCCACGGCCAGUUCUUUGACCUAAUCCGCCUAUUCCAGCUCUGUGGCUUCCCACCCGCGACUAACUACCUUUUCCUGGGCGACUACGUGGACCGCGGUAAAAACGGACUUGAAACCAUUCUCCUUUUACUUUGUUAUAAGCUGAGAUAUCCCGAUAAUUUUUUCCUUCUGCGCGGCAAUCACGAAUGCGCCAGCAUCACCCGAAUCUACGGGUUCUACGAUGAGUGCAAGCGCAGAACAACCAUCAAGACUUGGAAGAAAUUCGUCAAUGUAUUCAAUUGCAUGCCCAUCGCUGCCCUUAUCGCCAGUAAGAUUUUCUGCGUGCAUGGGGGUCUAUCACCUUCUUUGACCGAUUUGGAGGAAAUUCGCCAGAUCGCCCGUCCCACCGAUGUGUCAGAUUCUGGUCUACUGGCCGACCUCCUUUGGAGCGAUCCAGCGGAUACGGAAGAGGACUGGGAACCUAAUGAUCGAGGCGUGAGCUACCUUUUUGGCAAGAAAGUUAUUAUGAAUUUUUUGCAGCGCCAUGAUAUUGAUCUGAUUUGCCGGGCUCAUAUGGUGGUUGAAGAUGGGUAUGAGUUUUGGCACGAUCGUGUUUUAGUGACGAUUUUCUCGGCCCCAAAUUAUUGUGGGGAGUUUGACAACUGGGGUGGGGUUAUGUGCGUAUCAGAUGAAUUGCUUUGCAGUUUCGAGUUAUUGAAGCCGUUGAACUUGGGCAAAACUCCUCCUCCUCCUCCUCCUCCUCCUCCUCCUCCACUCACAACCGCCGUGGAGGAGGACUGCGGAACAGGUAAAUUAUUCCAGGGUAACGGUUAA